AUGGGUCUUGUGGAGGGCCAGAAGCUGGAGGCCCCUGACUUACAAGGCCUGGUCCGCUCUGGCCCCCUGCAGGCUUGUCACAACCACCACCAGCCCUCCACUGGCCAGGCCUCGCACGUACAUACACACAGAUUGAAAAAACGUACCAGGAAGGCCUUUGGGAUACGGAAGAAAGAGAAGGGAGACAAAGACAAUGACUCCACGGGGUCCCCUGACAGAGAUGGGGGUUCCCAGAAGAAGGCCAAUGGAGCAGCUGUCAAUGGGUUCUCUGGAGAGAUCGACUGGGACAGAUUUAACACCCCUACGGUGGACGAUGAAGGUUACAGUCUCAGGCCAGAUGAGGAGGAGGGGCCAGGAUCAGCUGGCCCCAAACCCCCCAAGGAGCACUUCUUCUCCUCCAGCGAGUCAGAGGGAGAGGAGGACCACCGGAAAAAGUUUAAGAUCAAGAUCAAACCGUUACCAGCGGAAAGUGCCAACUGUUUGGCCCCGUCAGUAGAUGAACUCAAAGCCUCCAUAGGCAACAUAGCUCUGUCUCCCUCUCCUCUGAGGAGUAGUCCGAGACGUAGCCCGGGGUUGAUGAAUAAGGACUGUAGUGAAGAGAUACAGGUAGCUCGGCCAAGACGUUCUGCACCCAUUGCAGCCCCCACGUUAGCAGCCCCGGUGCUACAAGCCCCCAGAAGUAAGAAAUCCCCAGCAGUACCACUACCAGAGAAGGAACCAGCCCCAGUACCAGCCCCAGUACCAGCCCCAGUACCAGCCCCAGUACRAGAGGACGCUACAGCCUUAUUUGGACCUCCCCUGGAGACAGCCUUCAGAGAACAGAAGACUGAAGUGGGAAUAUCUGAGCAGGUGGUGUGUGACGUGUGGGGUGCUCCUCUACCUGAGUCUGAGUCACUGAGCCCAGACUUCUCUUUCACCAGAACCUUCUCCACAGGAACUCCGCCUCCGCUUCCGCCCAAGAAUGUCCCAACCUCCCCCCCUCCGACCAGCUCCCCCUCUGCAGAUGCUGCCGAAUUGUCAGUAUCGACAGAAGGCUCAGAAAGGAAGACCUCCAUCCCAAACCUGGACAACAUUUUCGGCCCAGCGGAGCCCUCUGCCUUUGGCGAGGAGUCUGCCGACAAGUGGAUCUGCUUCAGCGAGGAAUUGGCAGCCUCUAAAGACCGCCCCUCCCGAAGGACCCAGCCCCGCCCCUAUCAACGUCCCCAGCCCCUCCUAGAAGAUCCCCCCGCUCUCCUGUACCCACUCCCCUCCCCCUUCGGAAACCCUUCUCCCUCUCUCCCCCUCUCCCUACCUCCCCUCCCCCACAGGAAGAAAUCUCGGCUUUCUUUACCCACCUCUGAACCCCUACGAGGAACCAGCACUCCGCCUACCCACAGUUCCUACCCGUGCCCUAAAGGACCCACACCCCACCCCACACCACUUCCACCAAAAGGACCAUCACACCACACCCCACUCCUCUAUCCCACCAUUGUCCCCCCUCUUGACCCACCCCCCAGCUAUUGCCGCUGUUCCCCCAAUCCCUUCACCCCCCAGUUUGCCCUGUCCCCUCUCUGCGUCCCACUCUCCUCCCAAAGCAAAAGGAAACACCUGUCUUCCCCACCAGCCCCCCUGGCCAUGCCAUUGUGGAACGAGCCCUCACGCCACCAUCUCCCCACCCCUUGUCUUUGUCGAGGAGCGAACGAAGAGUCCCUGAAGGGCAGCUCCGCCUGUCCGCCUGCCCCAUCGAACGAGGGCCUUGUUGAAACCGCCGCCUCGCCCCAAGAUGUUGGGCCAGUGUCCCGUGCGCCUCCACCUCCUCCACCCCCUACGGUACAGGCAGUUGUGUCCUCGCCAGGACCCACGAGCGGUCCAGGCUGUUCUGCCACCCUAGGAGCAUCCUCUCCGGCUCGUCCUGCUACACCGUCAGCUACAUCAGCGGGUUUCAGCAGCCCCACCCCGCCCCCUCCCCCUCCACGUCCCACCUCACGACCCAAAUUGCCCCCUGGAAAACCCAGCAAGGGGGACAUGCCCGGCCGCUUCAGUCCCCCGGGCAGUCACUCGUCCAGCCCCCCUUCCAUUGCCCCCCUGGCCCGGUCCGAGAGCACUUCCUCUAUCUCCUCCAACAACUCCUUGAGUGCAGCCACCACCCCCACCGUCGAGAAUGACCAGCCUUCCCUGGUUUGGUUUGACAGAGGGAAGUUUUAUUUAACCUUUGAAGGCUGCUCCAGGGGACCCAGCCCUCUCACCAUGGGGGCCCAGGACACCCUUCCGGUGGCGGCAGCUUUUACUGAAACGGUCAAUGCCUUCUUCAAAGGAGCCAACCCUAACAAGUGUGUUGUGAAGAUKACAGGCGAGAUGGUGCUGUCGUUUCCAGCGGGGAUCACACGGCACUUUGCCAAUAACCCGUCCCCUGCCGUGCUAACCUUCAGCAUAACCCACUACAGCUGGCUGGAGCAUGUGCUGCCUAAUCCCCAGCUACUCUGCUGUGACACCGCCACAACACCCAACCCUGACUGCAAGACCUUCUGGGUGAACAUGCCAAACCUGAUGACCCAUCUAAAGAAGGUGGCCGAGCAGAAACCCCAGGCCACAUACUACAAUGUGGACAUGCUCAAAUACCAGGUAUCAGCGCAGGGCCUCACGUCGACCCCCCUGAACCUGGCAGCCAGUUGGCGUUGUGAACCKACCAGCACGGACCUCCGAAUAGACUACAAGUACAACGGCGGCUCCAUGACAACGCCCGUGGCGCUCAACAACGUCCAGUUCCUGAUCCCCGUAGACGGAGGGGUCACCAAGCUACUGGCUGUGCUUCCCCCCGCCGCAUGGAAUGCAGAGCAGCAAAGAAUCCUGUGGAAGAUUCCUGAUAUUUCCCAGAAAUCUGAAAAUGGAGGGGUGCAUUCUCUAUUGUUGGCACGGUUCCAGCUGUCGGAGGGCCCCAGUAAACCCUCUCUAGCGGUCCAGUUCACCAGCGAGGCAGCACUCUGUCAGGCUUUGAUUAUAGAACUGCUGGGCCAGAGGUACCGCUUCUCACUCAUCAAGAAGAGGUUCGCUGCAGGAAAAUACUUGGCAGACAACUGA